AUGCGAAGAAACCCGAAAACCAGCGCCCAGAACCAAACUCCAGAAUCACAAAACCCAGUCCAGAAAUGCAAAUCGAACCCAAAUCGUGAAGCUCAGCCCAGCGAUGCGAGCAGCGAUGUGUCUCUCAAAAUCAGACGACUCUCUUCACUCUUUCAUUGGGAAUUUGGUACAAAAUGGAGCUGGCAUCCUUAUCCCAUCCAUGAAGAGAGGAAGCUGUCGGACAGCAAGGGAAAUAGGCGUAUCGGUUCCGAAAAGCUGAAAACAGGACGAGAUACGCCUGUAUACACCGAUAUAGCUGGUGUAUACACUGAUAUACGGGGAGAAAUACUGAAAUACAGGUGGAUUUUUCCCCAUAUUACGUAUGAUUCAGAGGAAGAUUUUCGCCCAUAUUACCCCCAGAAAAUGGAUAAAGCUGUUUGGGAGAAGUACUACCAACAGAUUAAGAAAAGCGAGGGAUUUGAUAUCACAGAUUAUCCCGUACAGUGUGCGAUGACAACUGUCUACCCAGUGCCAUACUACUUGAAUGAUCCUAAGAAUGAUGAAACGGGCAUCAAUUAUGAGGUCAAUGGCAUUUUGAUGGUGAAUGGAGGUGGUUGUCAUGACUUCAUCUUCUAUAUCACCUCUUCUGUUAAAACGUCUGAUGGUAAGGAUAUCAUUUUUCAAGCAAAAGUUAUGAAAGAUUUAAAUUAUUGCUUGCCGUUUCCGGUGAUCAGGCCGAAGUAGGGGCUUGCCUAUGGACAAAGCUUUAAUAGCUUGGUGUGCCUGUUUGACUCCAUAAAAGAGGCUAACUUCUGAAGCCAUGCUUACCUAGCAAGUCAUCAAAUGGAAAUGGAUUUUGGUCACUUUUAGUAACAAGACAUCUUUUUUU